GCCCUCACAUUUCUGGGGACUCGUGGGGGGGAGGUGGCAAGCCGCCUGCCUGGGGGGCAGGGCCCUUGGUUCGUCCACACAAUCAGGGGUGGUAAUGAUUUAAAGGGACAGCCUCGGUGUGGCCACUGCCACCGUGCGCCGGCGGGAGGGGGAGCCGGCAGGCCAUGUCUGGGGAGGCUUGGCUGGUGAGCAGGGCAUUUGAGGCUGAGUCUGUUGCUGGGCCUGCCAGGUCUGGGACAGUGCUGCGGCUGGGAAGGUGCAAUGAGGGGUGACAGCCUGCCUGGGGGGUACACAGCCUGGGCUUUUUCCCAGGGCCUCACCUUUGGCUCUACCGACUCCUUGGCCAAGAAUCCUUGAGUCCAAACUAUGGAGUCUGUCGGCCACCAGGUAGGGGCCACCGGCUGGUCUGCAGGGUAGGGGUCUGGCCUGGGCACUUUGGAGCUGGCACUUCAGCUUCUCCUUUUGUUGUUUGGCUCUGUGCACAAGAAAGCCCCAGCCCCUCCCCCAGCCCAGCUCCCCCUUCCCGUCCACAUGCCCCCCUCACACAUACACACACACACACACACACACAAACACACACACCCCAGCUGUUGGACAGAUGAAUUACAGCCUCCGGCUUGGGGCCAGGGCUGGUGAGGGAUUAAAGCUCUGGGGCUGGCCCUUUAAAUGGCUGUUAGCCCCUCCCCCACUUUGUUGUCCAGACACCCCUCACACACCCCUCUGACCCCCUAAGCUGCCCCCUCAUUCCUCCUCUUGGUCUGUCCUAAAGUCUGCCCACUCUGCUCUCUAGCCCUUCCAGAGUCCCUCCCCCGGCACAGCCGCAGAACACAGAUGCCACACAUUACAUAUACACACUCCCUGCUCCCAGGUUGUGAGCCUCCCUGUCCUGGAGAGUUCUAGCCUCAAGCUCCCUUCCCCAGCAGUAGGGCCUUGCCUGCCUGACCUCUCCCACCUACAGCUGACCACUACCCUGGCCCAGUGAGGGGGCCUUGGUGGGUCAGAACUAGCACCUCCCUGGGGGCAAUGUCAUCAGCAGCCACAGAAGCUUGCGGAACAUUGCAUCAUGGAGACUGGGGGCUAGAGGCCUGAGUCUCUGGGGCAAGGGGAAGGAUGGGGGCUGGAAGGCUAGGGAAUAUAGAGAUUAGACUGGGACCCCAAGUGUUUGGGUCCAUAAGGGCAGAGAACUAUGAUUAAGGGAGCAGAAAACAUAGGUCCCUGAGGAGCAAGUCUGAGGGGAGGGCCGACUUAGCUCUGACCCCUGAUGGACACCUGAUUCUUGGCCUUGGACCUACGCUAAAAGACCUAGCUUCUUGUCUAUGAGGGUUGGGAAGGGAAUGGGCCUCUAUCACCUUCUUAGGCCACAUAAGAGGAAGGAGGUGAUGGGGAAACAGGAUAUUGCCUUGGGGUUGGCAGGGAGGGGAGGCUUGCAGCAGAGGCUACUUCCAGGCUCAGGCCCAGACUCAGAGUUCUUGCAGGGGAGGAUGGCCCCUCCCUGUUAGGCCCGUUCAUCUAGUCUGGCUACCUGUGCUGCUAGCCAAGACCUGCCUGCACCCGCCUGGGGGAAGACGAGGGGGCAGAGUCCAGAGGGUGGGGUUGACUGUCUGGUGUCUUCAUAAGGUUGGAGAGGACACAGAGCUGAAGGAAGAGGGUCUGCAUGCCCUAGUGCUGGGACUCAGGCUGGCUUGGGUGCAGAUGUCAGGGCAGCUGGGGCCACUCUGGGGCUAGGGAGCCUCAGCAGGAAGGUCUUGUCAGAAGAGGGAUCACGGGUUGGGGGUCUACUGUAGACUUACUCAGAUGCCAUAUCAUGGCCCCUUCCCAACUGAUCCAGCCUGCUUCCCAAAGGGGAAGGCUGGAUGACCACUUUGGGGAUGGCUUUUUCUGGUUGCCAUGGAAACAGAUUCUCCCAUCGUAUCUGACCACCAGAGCCAGGUUUCUCCUUAAUGAGGGGGGCAGGGAGCCCAGGGAAAUUCUCCAGCCUGGGAGACCCCCCACCUCUAACUGACUUUUUUCUUUUAGGUUCCCCCCAGGGCAACAUGCCAGCCCCGUAGCACUGCCCACCCCACCCACUGUGGUCUGUUGUGCCCCACUGCUGGGGUGCUGGUUCCAAUGAGACAGGGCACAGCAAACUCCAUCUGGCUGUUACUGAGGCGGAGACGCGGGUGAUGAUUGGCUUUCUGGGGAGAGAGGAAGUCCUGUGAUUGGCCAGAUCUCUGGAGCUUGCCGACGCGGUGUGAGGACGCUCCCACGGAGGCCGGAAUUGGCUGUGAAAGGACCCAGGAAGCCAUCUGGGGGUAGCGGGCACUCUUAUCAAAGCGGCUGGAGCCGGACCAUCGUCCCAGAGAACUGGGGCAGGGGGCCGUGCCCAAUCUCCAGGGCUCCUGGGGCCACUGCUGACCUGGCUGGAUGCAUCGGGCAGUGGACCCUCCAGGGGCCCGCGCUGCACGGGAAGCCUUUGCCCUUGGGGGCCUGAGCUGUGCUGGGGCCUGGAGCUCCUGCCCGCCUCAUCCCCCUCCUCGUAGCGCAUGGCUGCCUGGAGGCAGAUGCUCAGCCAGCAUUGGGCAGCCCCCGCUUCCUGCUCCCCUACCCCCUUCACAUGGCAGUAGUUCUGGGCACCCCAACAAACCAUAUUAUGCUCCAGGGGCGCCCACUCCAAGACCCCUCCAUGGGAAGCUGGAAUCCCUGCAUGGCUGUGUGCAGGCACUGCUCCGGGAGCCAGCCCAGCCAGGGCUUUGGGAACAGCUUGGGCAACUGUACGAGUCAGAGCAUGACAGUGAGGAGGCCACACGCUGCUACCACAGCGCCCUUCGAUACGGAGGAAGCUUCGCUGAGCUGGGACCCCGCAUUGGCCGACUGCAGCAGGCCCAGCUCUGGAACUUUCAUACUGGCUCCUGCCAGCACCGAGCCAAGGUUCUGCCCCCACUGGAGCAAGUGUGGAACUUGCUACACCUUGAGCACAAGCGGAACUAUGGAGCCAAGCGGGGAGGUCCCCCGGUGAAGCGAGCUGCCGAACCCCCAGUGGUGCAGCCCGUGCCUCCUGCAGCGCUCUCAGGCCCCUCGGGGGAGGAGGGCCUCAGCCCUGGAGGCAAGCGAAGGAGAGGCUGCAACUCUGAACAGACUGGCCUUCCCCCAGGACUGCCACUGCCUCCACCACCAUUACCACCACCACCACCGCCACCACCACCCCUGCCUGGUCUGGCCACCAGUCCCCCAUUUCAGCUAACCAAGCCAGGGCUGUGGAGUACCCUGCAUGGAGAUGCCUGGGGCCCAGAGCGCAAGGGUUCAGCACCCCCAGAGCGUCAGGAGCAGCGGCACUCGCUGCCUCACCCAUAUCCAUACCCAGCUCCAGCGUACACCACGCAUCCCCCUGGCCACCGGCUGGUCCCGGCUGCUCCCCCAGGCCCGGGCCCCCGCCCCCCAGGAGCAGAGAGCCAUGGCUGCCUGCCUGCCACCCGUCCCCCCGGAAGUGACCUUAGAGAGAGCAGAGUUCAGAGGUCGCGGAUGGACUCCAGCGUUUCACCAGCAGCAACCACCGCCUGCGUGCCUUACGCCCCUUCCCGGCCCCCUGGCCUCCCCGGCACCACCACCACCAGCAGCAGUAGCAGCAGCAGCAACACCGGUCUCCGGGGCGUGGAGCCAAACCCAGGCAUUCCCGGCGCUGACCAUUACCAAACUCCCGCGCUGGAAGUCUCCCACCAGGGCCGCCUGGGGCCCUCGGCGCACAGCAGUCGGAAACCGUUCCUGGGGGCUCCCGCUGCCACUCCCCACCUAUCCCUGCCACCUGGACCUUCCUCACCCCCUCCACCCCCCUGUCCCCGCCUCUUACGCCCCCCACCACCCCCUGCCUGGUUGAAGGGUCCGGCCUGCCGGGCAGCCCGAGAGGAUGGAGAGAUCUUAGAGGAGCUCUUCUUUGGGACUGAGGGACCCCCCCGCCCUGCCCCACCACCCCUCCCCCAUCGCGAGGGCUUCUUGGGGCCUCCAGCCUCCCGCUUUUCUGUGGGCACUCAGGAUUCUCACACCCCUCCCACUCCCCCAGCCCCAACCACCAGCAGUAGCAACAGCAACAAUGGCAGCCACAGCAGCAGCCCUGCUGGGCCUGUGUCCUUUCCCCCACCACCCUAUCUGGCCAGAAGUAUAGACUCCCUUCCCCGGCCUCCCAGCCCAGCACAGAACCCCCAGGACCCACCUCUUGUACCCCUGACUCUUGCCCUGCCUCCAGCCCCUCCUUCCUCCUGCCACCAAAAUACCUCAGGAAGCUUCAGGCGCCCGGAGAGCCCCCGGCCCAGGGUCUCCUUCCCAAAGACCCCCGAGGUGGGGCCGGGGCCACCCCCAGGCCCCCUGAGUAAAGCCCCCCAGCCUGUGCCGCCCAGGGUUGGGGAGCUGCCUGCCCGAGGCCCGCGACUCUUUGAUUUUCCCCCUACUCCACUGGAGGACCAGUUUGAGGAGCCAGCCGAAUUCAAGAUCCUACCUGAUGGGCUGGCCAACAUCAUGAAGAUGCUGGAUGAAUCCAUUCGCAAGGAAGAGGAACAGCAACAACAUGAAGCAGGCGUGGCCCCCCCGCCCCCGCUGAAGGAGCCCUUUGCAUCUCUGCAGCCUCCUUUCCCCACCGACACAGCCCCCACCACUACUGCUCCUGCUGCCGCCGUCACCACCACCACCACCACCACCACGGCCACCCAGGAAGAGGAGAAGAAGCCACCACCAGCCCUACCACCACCACCGCCUCUAGCCAAGUUCCCUCCACCCCCUCAGGCACAGCCACCACCACCACCACCCGCCAACCCGGCCAGCCUGCUCAAAUCCUUGGCCUCCGUGCUGGAGGGACAAAAGUACUGUUAUCGGGGGACUGGAGCAGCUGUUUCCACCCGGCCUGGGCCCUUGCCCACCACUCAGUAUUCCCCUGGCCCCCCAUCAGGUGCUACCGCCCCGCCGCCCACCUCAGUGGCCCCUAGCGCCCAGGGCUCCCCACAGCCCUCUGCUUCCUCGUCAUCUCAGUUCUCUACCUCAGGCGGGCCCUGGGCCCGGGAGCGCAGGGCGGGCGAAGAGCCAGUCCCGGGCCCCACGACCCCCACCCAGCCGCCCCCACCCCUGCCUCUGCCCCCUGCUCGCUCUGAGUCUGAGGUGCUAGAAGAGAUCAGUCGGGCUUGCGAGACCCUUGUGGAGCGGGUGGGCCGGAGUGCCACUGACCCAGCCGACCCAGUGGACACAGCAGAGCCAGUGGACAGUGGGACUGAGCGACUGCUGCCCCCCGCACAGGCCAAGGAGGAGGGUGGCGGGGUGGUGGCAGCAGCGGUGACAGGCAGCUGUAAGCGGCGACAGAAGGAGCACCAGAAGGAGCACCGGCGGCACAGGCGGGCCUGUAAAGACAGUGUGGGUCGGCGGCCCCGUGAGGGCAGGGCAAAGGCCAAGACCAAGGCCCCCAAAGAAAAGAGCCGCCGGGUGCUGGGGAACCUGGACCUGCAGAGUGAGGAGAUCCAGGGGCGCGAGAAGUCCCGGCCCGAUCUUGGUGGGGCCUCCAAGGUCAAGCCACCCACAGCUCCAGCCCCUCCACCAGCUCCUGCACCUUCUGCCCAGCCCACACCCCCGUCAGCCUCCGUCCCCGGAAAGAAGGCUCGGGAGGAAGCUCCAGGGCCACCGGGCGUCAGCCGGGCUGACAUGCUGAAGCUGCGCUCACUUAGUGAGGGGCCCCCCAAGGAGCUGAAGAUCCGGCUCAUCAAGGUAGAGAGUGGUGACAAGGAGACCUUUAUCGCCUCUGAGGUUGAAGAGCGGCGGCUGCGCAUGGCAGACCUCACCAUCAGCCACUGUGCUGCUGAUGUUGUGCGCGCCAGCAAGAAUGCCAAGGUGAAAGGGAAGUUUCGAGAGUCCUACCUUUCCCCUGCCCAGUCUGUGAAACCGAAGAUCAACACUGAGGAGAAGCUGCCCCGGGAAAAACUCAACCCCCCUACUCCCAGCAUCUAUCUGGAGAGCAAACGGGACGCCUUCUCACCUGUCCUGCUGCAGUUCUGUACAGACCCUCGAAAUCCCAUCACAGUGAUCCGGGGCCUGGCGGGCUCCCUGCGGCUCAACUUGGGCCUCUUCUCCACCAAGACCCUGGUGGAAGCGAGUGGCGAGCACACCGUGGAAGUUCGCACCCAGGUGCAGCAGCCCUCAGAUGAGAACUGGGAUCUGACAGGCACUCGGCAGAUCUGGCCCUGUGAGAGCUCCCGUUCCCACACCACCAUUGCCAAGUACGCACAGUACCAGGCCUCAUCCUUCCAGGAGUCUCUGCAGGAGGAGAAGGAGAGUGAGGAUGAGGAGUCAGAGGAGCCGGACAGCACCACAGGAACCCCUCCUAGCAGCAGCACACCAGACCCGAAGAACCAUCACAUCAUCAAGUUUGGCACCAACAUCGACCUGUCUGAUGCCAAGCGGUGGAAGCCCCAGCUGCAGGAGCUGCUGAAGCUGCCCGCCUUCAUGCGGGUAACAUCCACGGGCAACAUGCUGAGCCACGUGGGCCACACCAUCCUGGGCAUGAACACGGUGCAGCUGUACAUGAAGGUGCCCGGCAGCCGAACGCCAGGCCACCAGGAGAAUAACAACUUCUGCUCCGUCAACAUCAACAUUGGUCCAGGCGACUGCGAGUGGUUCGCGGUGCACGAGCACUACUGGGAGACCAUCAGCGCUUUCUGUGAUCGGCACGGCGUGGAUUACUUGACGGGUUCCUGGUGGCCAAUCCUGGAUGAUCUCUAUGCAUCCAAUAUCCCUGUGUACCGCUUCGUGCAGCGCCCCGGAGACCUCGUGUGGAUUAAUGCGGGGACUGUGCACUGGGUGCAGGCCACCGGCUGGUGCAACAACAUUGCCUGGAACGUGGGGCCCCUCACCGCCUAUCAGUACCAGCUGGCCCUGGAACGAUACGAGUGGAAUGAGGUGAAGAAUGUCAAAUCCAUCGUGCCCAUGAUUCACGUGUCAUGGAACGUGGCUCGCACGGUCAAAAUCAGCGACCCUGAUUUGUUCAAGAUGAUCAAGUUCUGUCUGCUGCAGUCCAUGAAGCACUGCCAGGUACAGCGCGAGAGCCUGGUGCGGGCAGGGAAGAAAAUCGCUUACCAGGGCCGGGUCAAGGACGAGCCAGCCUACUAUUGCAACGAGUGCGAUGUGGAGGUGUUUAACAUCCUGUUCGUGACAAGUGAGAAUGGCAGCCGCAACACGUACCUGGUACACUGCGAGGGCUGUGCCCGGCGCCGCAGCGCAGGCCUGCAGGGCGUGGUGGUGCUGGAGCAGUACCGCACGGAGGAGCUGGCUCAGGCCUACGACGCCUUCACGCUGGUGAGGGCCCGGCGGGCGCGCGGGCAGCGGAGGAGGGCACUGGGGCAGGCUGCAGGGACGGGCUUUGGGAGCCCGGCCGCGCCUUUCCCUGAGCCUCCGCCGGCUUUCUCCCCCCAGGCCCCAGCCAGCACGUCGCGAUGAGGCCGGACGCCCCGCCCGCCUGCCUGCCCGCGCAGGGCGCCGCGGGGCCACCAGCACAUGCCUGGGCUGGACCUAGGUCCCGCCUGUGGCCGGGAAGGGGGUCGGGCCCAGCCCUUCCACCCCAUUGGCAGCUCCCCUCACUUAAUUUAUUAAGAAAAACAUUUUUUUUUUUUUUUUUUUUAGCAAAUAUGAGGAAAAAAAGGAAAAAAAAUGGGAGACGGGGGAGGGGGCUGGCAGCCCCUCGCCCACCAGCGCCUCCCCUCACCGACUUUGGCCUUUUUAGCAACAGACACAAGGACCAGGCUCCGGCGGCGGCGGGGGUCACAUACGGGUUCCCUCACCCUGCCAGCCGCCCGCCCGCCCGGCGCAGAUGCACGCGGCUCGUGUAUGUACAUAGACGUUACGGCAGCCGAGGUUUUUAAUGAGAUUCUUUCUAUGGGCUUUACCCCUCCCCCGGAACCUCCUUUUUUACUUCCAAUGCUAGCUGUGAUCCCUGUACAUGUCUCUUUAUUCACUUGGUUAUGAUUUGUAUUUUUUGUUCUUUUUUUGUUUUUGGUUUUUAAUUUAUAACAGUCCCACUCACCUCUAUUUAUUCAUUUUUGGGAAAACCCGACCUCCCACACCCCCAAGCCAUUCUGCCCGCCCCUCCAGGGACCGCCCGUCGCCGGGCUCUCCCCGCGCCCCAGUGUGUGUCCGGGCCCGGCCCGACCGUCUCCGCCCGUCCGCCCGCGGCUCCAGCCGGGUUCUCAUGGUGCUCAAACCCGCUCCCCUCCCCUACGUCCUGCACUUUCUCGGACCAGUCCCCCCACUCCCGACCCGACCCCAACCCCACCUGAGGGUGAGCAACUCCUGUACUGUAGGGGAAGAAGUGGGAACUGAAAUGGUAUUUUGUAAAAAAAUAAAAUAAAAUAAAAAAAAUUUAAAGGUUUUAAAGAAAGAACUAUGAGGAAAAGGAACCCCGUCCUUCCCAGCCCCGGCCAACUUUAAAAACACAGACCUUCACCCCCACCCCCUUUUCUUUUUAAGUGUGAAACAACCCAGGGCCAGGGCCUCACUGGGGCAGGGACACCCCGGGGUGAGUUUCUCUGGGGCUUUAUUUUCGUUUUGUUGGUUUUUUCUCCACGCUGGGGCUGCGGAGGGGUGGGGGGUUUACAGUCCCGCACCCUCGCACUGCACUGUCUCUCUGCCCCAGGGGCAGAGGGGUCUUCCCAAUCCUACCCCUAUUUUCGGUGAUUUUUGUGUGAGAAUAUUAAUAUUAAAAAUAAAAGAAGAAAAAAAA